CUCCCCCCUCACACUCAUCUCCCACACCCACGCCCCCCCUGGUCCAGGUCCGCUGUUUCCCUGGGUUUCACCAGCCUGGUCCUGACCUCUUUGCUCUUCACUCCUCCCUCUCUGCAACUGGGCUCCAGAGUUCAGCUCAGUGUGUGUCUGUGGUGUCAGCCUCUGCUCCCAUCAGCCCCUGGGGUGCAGUGACCUGUGAUGAUGUGCACAUCAACUUCACUCAGAAAGAGUGGGCUUUGCUGAAUCCUUCCCAGAAGAAUCUCUACAAAGAUGUGAUGCUUCACACCUACAACAACCUCAUCUCCAUAGUAGGCUACAGUUGGAAAGGCCAUCAUAUUGGAGAACAUUGUCAAAGUUCUGGAAGACAUGGAAGGAAAAGAAUUUCUUUGGAAAGUACACCCAUGGUCUCCUUGUCAUCCGAGAAUGUGGUGACUUGUGAUGAUGUGCACAUCAGCUUCCAUCAGGAAGAGUGGGCUUUGCUGAAUCCAUCCCAGAAAAGGCUCUACAAAGAUGUGAUGCUGGAGACCUACAGGAACCUAAUUGCUAUAGGCUACAGUUGGGAAGAUCAUCAUAUUGAAGAACAUUGUCAAAUUUCUAGAAGACAUAGAAGGCAUCUUCAAAGGCAUGAAAAAAUUUAUACUGGAGAGAAACCAUAUGAAAGUAUUCGAGAUGGUGAAGUCUUUGCAUGCCACACUUGUCUCCAGCUCCAUAAAGGAACACAUACUGGCGAGAAAAACCAUGAAUGUAAUCAGUGUGUUAAAGUUUUUGCAAGUCAUAGUGAGCUUCAAAGACAUUUAAGAACACAUACAGGAGUAAAACCCCAUGUAUGUAAUCAGUGUGGGAAUGCCUUUUCACGACACAGUACUUUGCAAGUACAUCAAAGAACACAUACUGGAGAGAAACCCUAUGAAUGUAAUCAAUGUAGUAAAUCUUUUGCUAGUCAUAGUAAUCUUAAAAGGCAUGUAAAAACACAUACUGGAGAGAAAAACUAUGAAUGUAAUCAAUGUGGUAAAGCAUUUGCAAGUCAUGGUAACCUUCAAGGACAUAAAAGAAUACAUACUGGAGAGAGACCCUACGAAUGUAUUCAGUGUGGUAAAGCUUUUGCAAGUCUUGGUGACCUUAAAAGACAUAUAAGAACACAUACUGGAGAGAGACCCUAUGUAUGUUUUCAGUGUGCUAAAGCCUUUCCAUGUGUCAGUAGUCUCCAAGCACAUAAAAGAACACAUACUGGAGAGAAACCCUAUGAAUGUAACCAAUGUGGUAAAGCUUUUUCACAACGUGCCAGUCUCAUAAGUCAUAAAAGAACUCAUACAGGAGAGAGACCCUAUGAAUGUACUCAAUGUGGUAAAUCUUUUUCACAACAAUCCAAUCUUGUAAAACAUAAAAGAACACAUACUUGAGAGAGACGCUGUGAAUGUAAUCAAUGUGGUAAAGCCUUUGUAUUUAUCAUCAGUCUUUAAAAUCAUACUGCAGAGAAAACCUAUAAGUAUAAGCACAUCACAAUAAUCUUUAAGGACCGAGAAAAUUCAUACUGAAGGGAAUCUUACUAUAAAGUAUUUGAUAACAUCUUCAGCUAACACACAUUUAGUUACAUAAGAUUCUGGAGAGAAAACAAUCUGACAAGUGUCAACCAUCUGUUUAAGCAUUAUGACGUGUCUAUUUUGUUUGCACCUGCAAACUCAUAUUGACAAAAGUCCUAUGAAUUCACUGGUUAGGUACCCCUUUUUGAUUUCACACUUCAAUUAUAUAAAAAACCUCAUUCAGAUUGAUUGAUUUCUCUAAAUCCAAUCCUACAUUCUUGCUUUCUGUUCCAUGAACCAAUUCAUGUUGAAAGGAAACUGUUAAGACUUUAAAUGCCUCAACAACUGUGUCACAGGGAUGACUGCUUACAAGAGAAAAUAUUCAGGUAUGGAAAUCUGUUUGGUUAAAGAUUUGAUUGAAUUUUAAUUAUGUGAUGUCAAUGUGUGGCUUUGUGACUGUUCAUGCUUGUUCCCAAGAUUAGACCCUUGAGUAUUCCUGUAGUAGGAACUACAGAAAGUUGUCAAAAACCUGACCUAGGUCCUGGCAAUGGACUUGACAUAAUUUUGCUCAUCCAUAUCUGUAACCUGUACAUAUUUUAAAUCCUUUUUUUUUAUCAUCUUGAUAUCAGAUAAUAAGGAAGAACUCAUGGAAGUGAAAACCCUAUUCAUGUAAAAAAAAGUUGGGCAGGCAUUGGUGACACACGAGUUUAAUCCCAGCACCCGGGAGGCAGAGGCAGGUGGAUCUCUGUGAGUUUGAGGCCAGCCUGGUUCACAGAGCAAGUUCCAGGAUAGCCUCUGAAGCCACAGAGAAACGCUGUCUCAAAAACAAAACAAAACAAAACAAAAAAUUGGUAAAGACUUUAGAUAUCAUACUUGUCUUUAGUUUCAAUAAAAAAUUGUUUCAUGUCUUUUUAAUUAUGAAGGAAGUUAUUUACAAUGUUCAUUCAAGACUGAUGGUGGGCAUUACUAUAUUGUGGUUUCAAUUUUGCAACAUUUGAGGUAGAUAUUAAAGUGUGCUAUAUGCUUGGCAAAUCC